AUGUGGCUUAUCCUACACUAUCAGCAAAUCCCCGCGGACACCACCUCUGCUCAGCAUUGUUCCGAUAUCCACGAAGACCAGAUCAUGUGCAAUUGGGGAAGGAAGCCCAUCGACUGUAUUUCUGCAAUGUACCGCCCGGUCGAGCCUAUGUCGGAUGGCUUCAUCCGCAAGCUAUCGGAGAUUUCCCUCAUCGCUCCUGGCAAGAAGGGUCUCGAUGCCGCUGGGGAGCUUAUCAAGUCUGAUUUCGAUAAACGCUGCUCCGGUUCAGCCAUCUCUUUCGUUAAAGGGAUCCAGGAAGACAGCCUUCGGGACACGUUGGUUAAGAUUCAUCAGAAGCUUGCCGCUGCUGGAGAGAUUUGCAAGGCGCGUCUUCAGAACAAUACGUUCCUGCGUUCACACGGUUUCCAGUCGAACGACCCGUUCGAUUGGCCAUAUGACACUGUGAUGGCUCUCUGGGCUCUUGUCAAAUCGACUGGAGGAUCUGCCGCGAAGAUCUGUGAUGCAGGCCGUUUCCUUGAGCGUCACUUCUUUGCGCGGGUCACUAUGGAUUCCAAAAGCCCAAAGCUCAUCAUCGUUGCGGAUGUGCAGCAUGCUAUCGAUGAAUUCACGAACUCCUCUAGCCCUGAUAGCACACCUACGCGUGGCUAUUCCGUUCGUAAGUGCUACACUCUCUCGUUUGAUUUUACAAGUGGCGCUGAUGUGGUCACACAAGCGGACAUUGGCAUUGGUGCGCCGCAGCAGGACAGCGGUCUUUGCACUACUGGAUCCAUUUUCCAUCCUUGCCUUCCUCCCCUUGAUGUCCUUCUAUCCGUUGCGAAGGCCUUUUACAAUGCGCGGAAGCAGCGUGGAGCUGCAUAUGGGACUGGAGAUGGCCCGACCAUCAUGUCGCGGAAGGUCGCCUUGAAAGGCAUAUACAACGAUAACAAGGAUUCCGAGGGCCUUGGGACGUUCUUGAGACACGAUUCACGCAAUUACUCCUACAAGAAUCUACGUUCUAACGAGGAAGCUAUCGCGGCUCUCGAGAAGAAGUUCGGCGAGCCUUUUUGCGAAAUCUUCUCUUGUCCAGACAUCCAGGCCGACCAAGCGUUGCGGACAUCGCAUGGGUUUCUCUCUGAGUUACAUAGGAUUGCGCAGACACACCACAUCGACAACUCUCAGAAGCUUCGAGCCAUCAUAACUGAGUACUUCGAAAAGUGCGUUGGAGAUGGAAAGCCUCACAUCCUGACCUCAGCCGGACUUCAGCAGCUUGCCACCGAACUGGCCAAGGCAUCCGCUCCAGACGAUGACGGCAGAAAGUACAAGGGCUGGACUUCGCUCGGUGGUGCCGAUGCGCCAAUCACCCCCACAGCCCAGCCUGCUAAGCAGUCCCGUCGUCGCUCUCGCAUGAGCUCACCAUCGGGCUCCAGCCAGCAGCCAGACCCCAAGAAGUGCAAGCCAGGCUUGACCAGCGCCGGUCGCGUGGCGUACGUAGCCAAGAUGAUCCCCGAUGCCUCGCUUCGCUCAGCCGGCUCUGCUUCGCGCCGCGCCAGCACGACGACCAUGACCGACCUCUCCGAGAGCGCCGAACGCCAGAACCAUGUUGCCAACCACAUCACGGAGCCGAACAACGCUGCCACUCCGACUCCAGCUUCGCGCACUGGCGGACUCUGGCCCAACAUCGUAGUCAUCCCCGGCAGCUCGCUCGUGGCGGCCGAGGAGAGGCCUCGAGUUAUAUCCGGCGCCGAUAACGACAAGAAUGUGGCUGGCACUUUUCCAUCCGAGAACGCUGCACUCCACGUCAGCCAAGAUACCCCCGUCGAGGAUGUGGCCAGGGAUACUGCGAUAGCCGGCAGCAACGACAAGAACCCAGGCAAGGAGCUUGCUAAGCAGCAGCCGAGUUCUCAAGUCAACCCGCGCUACAAUGGCGCCAAGGCCUUCGUUGGUAAAGACAGGACAGACGUGGAUCGCGACUCUGCUGACAUGACCGAGCUGCGCUCGCUACUGCAGAAGGCGACAGAAAAGUUGGCGGCAAUUUCGCGCAGAGACGUGCACCGUCGCUUUCAGGACCUUGGCCAAAAGUACAUCGAGUCUGAGGCUAAUGCCAACUUGAUCAAGACCGUUUGCGAAGAGAUGAAAGCCAAGAUUGGCAUUACUGAAGCCGAAAACGCCGAUCUGAAGCGACAAGUUCAAGAGGCUAGGAACAUGACUGAUGCUAAGCGUGACACCAUUCGGAAUGAGGUUGCUGGUCUAAAGCAGGAGCUUCAGAAGGCAAAGGACAAGGCUGAGGCAGAAUGUACUGCCGUUCAAGCCGAGAACAAAGCUUUGAAGAAAAGGUUGGAGCAGGCAGAGGAGAAAGCUAGGAGCACCGAUGAAGCUCACAAGGCCCAACACGAUGUGCUCGAGGAACAGCUUCAGGCGGCCAUGAAAGAGGCCGAAAGCGCUCGUGGUAGAGCCUAUGAGGUCGAGAAGAAGCUCAAGAAGAAAGAUAAGGAAUGGGAGGAACUUGCCGGAAAACUUGAAAACAUGUCGAAGUCUCUGAGGGCUUGA